UGUUCCACAAGCAUAGUCCAAUCGCAAAGCUUUUGGUUUUGCUUCUCAUACCAGACCAGACGCUUUAUACAUAUAGAUGCUGAGUGCUGAGUGAAUUCUUCUUUGUGAGAUGUUUCAUUUGUCCCAUCGAUUAUUCGUACGGGGCUUGAACUUAAACACCAACUCGACCGGAAGAAAUCAGUGUAUCAGACUGCCGUUUUGCCUUGCCAAUCAAUUUUGUGGAACAGUUCAAUUAAGUGCAUACAGUCGGCUGCCGGGACCACUGAGCAAUCGAACUGUGGUCGACAUUAGGAAACAACGUAGUCUGUCCGCCGCUAUGAUCUCUAGAGGCAGCAGCUCGAAAAUUACUCCGGCAAACAUUCGUGUUUAUAGUUUGACCAAAAAUUUAAAUUUUUACAGCACAUCCAGGAACAAUUGGAAUAAAAAUUGUGAUACUUUGAGAUUAACUGAUCCGAUCGACAAACCACUUGUAUUAAUAUUCGCUUGGUUACAAGCCAGCGACAAGCAUCUUAAGAAAUUUGCUGAGUUCUACAUUGAGCAGGGAUUCGAGGUUUUGGUAGCGCAUAUCUCUCCCUGGCAGUUGAUUUGGCCUGUUCAUGGAACUCAAGCAGUAGCAAAUGAUGUAAUCAAUUUCCUGAAACAUAAUGAUUUAACAAAAGGAGUAGUUAUACAUGGCUUUUCCGUUGGUGGGUAUCUUUGGGGCGAAUGUCUAGUCAAAUUAAACCAAAAUGAAUCGGGCAAGCUAGCACUGAAUAAGAUCAAAGGACAAAUUUGGGAUAGCGCAGCGGACAUCACUGAGAUUCCGGUUGGAGUUCCACAUGCAGUACUACCGAAAAACCCGAUACUACAAAACACUCUUCGUAGCUACCUAACGUAUCACUUGAAGCUGUUCCACGAGGAGGCCACUCAAUAUUAUGAAAAAAGUGCCUAUCAUUUUUUUAAUGAACCAGCUCGAAGUCCUGCACUGUUGUUAAUAUCGAAAACCGAUCCGGUAGGAACGGAGAGUGCCAACCGGAAGUUAAUGUCCAUAUGGGAAUCGAUAGACAUAAAGACAACUCUUAAAUGUUGGGAUCGUUCACCGCACGUGGGACACUUUCAUAAGCACCGUGAUGAAUACAUCGAUUUACUUCUGACCCAUCUAGGCACGCUUAAUAUCGUUGGCUAUGUACAGAAGGCAAAAUUGUAAUCGAAAAGUACUGUACCUUGACAUGUGAUGAAAUUAAGUACCAAAAAAUCUCUAUAUCUAAUUGACAUAAUUAUGACAAGCGUGAUUUUUUCCCGGAACUAUGGAGCAACAAAAGCCAUUACUGAUAUAUGAAAUAAUCACUAUGUAAUAUGGUACGAUAAUUAUUUGUACGCUGGUAGAGAGCAACCACCGUAUAGAAAAAGGUUUCACAAAUAAGUGAAUGAGAUUUUAAAUGAAAUAAAAAAUUGCUA